UGUGGCGCAACACUGCGUCCAGUGCGUGUCAAGCUGUCUUCCAGCACGAUGUCUUGGGAUACAGCACUGAAUUAAACCGAGAUACGUGCACAAUGACAAUGCAAGGGAUGUACAGCUUCUAUAACGAGCCUUACGACUUCCAGCUUGUGCUGGGCAUAAGCUUGGUUGGAAUCCCAGAUAACUGGGACUGCGAACAAACUUUGCGUUACAUCCGUGCAUACAAUACACUAUUCGGAGAGGAGUCCAGUAUUGGAUUUUGCGGAAUAUCAAUACAAGAAAGUACAUCCGACGAGCCGCGGUGCGCCCACCUAAUUUGCGAUAACCUCCUGACUAAACAGAAAUGCCUACAUAUGCGGGUGCUACCAGUGCUGGUUCAAGAUGAUAGCGAGACUGAGCCCUAUCGUUGCGCAAUAGUGGCCAUUAGACCAUACUGCUUCUGGGUCAAACGAUCCAAAGAUAGCCCAGUGCUACCUUACAUGUUUCCCAAGUAUACAUCCAGAGAAGUAAUAGGAGAAGAAUUUGAAGCCAAUAUGUUACUCAUGCCUAACAAUCAAAGGAUGCUAGUAGUGGCUACCAUGAUAGGCACCGGCCUCAUUCCAUCAGACCAACUUCAAAAUGAUAUAUCCCACGUUCUACGACAAUGGCUUGUGGAAAUAACAGGAUCCAAGAGUACAGAACUCACUGAAAGACUAUCGCAGCUACAAAAAGUAGUAUCUACAUUCAAAGCACACCCUUUAAGUGUGCCAGAUGAGUUAAUUUUUGCUGCAGAUUACAAGCAGUUGUUUUCCUGGACAUGGCAAUGGGACCCACGCAUGGUCAUGCAUAAUGAAUACCAAAGAUCAUGCCAACUUGUAAUCGAUGGAAGAAAAGGAAAUUGUAAUGAAAGAGUAAAACGAGGGUCACGCCAUACGGGAUGCAUACGAUUUGAAACCAGCCGUAGAAGAUGGGUAGUGGAUCUGUCAAUCAACGGAUGCCGUAUGCAAAAGUGCUUCCACGAAAACCUAUUCGGAAUCGUAGGAGGCUUCCAAGAAGCACGCAGAUGGCGACUAGACUACAUAAGGAACACAUUCAACGAAUUUGAUGUAGAAGUUGAAGAACGCAUCGUCAACGAUCUUGUUGAUAAAAUUCUGCUACUCGACAAAAGCUACCACGAAGGACUACUGGAAGCACUCCGAGAACCAGUAGAAGGCUAUGAACAUAUAAUAGACAGACGUACCCAGCGCGCAAUAGUCGAUGGUAGACUCCAAGAUCUGGGAUUUAAAAACGAUAAUGAAAACAAGUAAAGAUUGCUUUGUUGGCAUAUGUUUAACAUAUCACAUACGUGUGAUUGAAUCCGUAAGACUUUUUCUUGACCCCUGGCAGAGCAAAAAUCAUUGUACUGCCCACAACGAGAAGAAGCUGCCGUUGAAAUGUCCAAAAGUGGACUGACACACGUUGUAAA